CUUUGCCAAGCAGUAGGUCUCAGCAGCACAAUGCGACUCGUUAGACGUGAUGCGUUCAGCUUCUCGCCCCUCCGGACGGGCGAGCGGAUGGCUCCUGGGCUCCGGCGAUGCUCGCGGCUGGUGGUUCGCGGGUCCACAGCCCCGGCUGCAGGGGCCCCCAGCAAACCGCUGAAGGCUUCAGACCGAGUCAGACUGGGCGACUCGGAGCUGCUCGUGUCAACCUGCUGCCUGGGCACCAUGACGUGGGGCAAGCAGAACAGCGAGGCGGAGGCGCACCAGCAGCUGUCGUACGCGUGGGAUAUGGGUCUCAACUUCCUAGACACGGCGGAGAUGUACCCGGUGCCCACGGAGGCGGCCACGCAGGGGCGCACCGACACCUACAUCGGCACCUGGAUGCGGGGCGGGGGCAGGCGCAGGGAGGAGGUGGUGAUCGCGACAAAGGUGUCCGGCUACAGCGACCGCGCCACCUGGGUGCGCCAGCCGCCCCGCACCACCCGUGUCACCCGGGAGCAGGUGGUGGAGAGCGUGGACGCGUCGCUGAGGAGGCUGCAGGUGGACCACAUCGACCUGCUGCAGAUCCACUGGCCCGACCGCUACGUGCCACUGUUCGGGUCGGGUCCGUACGACGUCGGUCAGGAGCGGCCCGACGCGGUUCCCUUCGAGGAGCAGCUGCGGGCGCUGGAGGAGGUGGUGCGGGCGGGCAAGGUUCGCUACAUCGGUGUGUCCAACGAGACUAGCUACGGAGUGAGCGAGUUCUGCCACCUGGCCCGGGCGGCCGGACUGCCCAUGAUUCAAACCAUCCAGAACGCCUACUCGCUGCUGGUUCGUGUUCCCUUCGAGACCGACCUCUCCGAGACCUGCCGCCGCCACCACGUCAGCCUGCUGGCCUACAGCCCCCUGGCGGGCGGCAUGCUGACGGGGAAGUACGACAAGCUCUCCGCGCAGCAGCUGCAGGCGGCGCGCUUCAACCUCUUCCCCGGCUACAUGGCGCGCUACAAGCAGUCCGCCGUACAGGAGGCGGUGCGGGAGUACGACAGGGUGGCGGCCAAGUACGGCAUGAGCGCCACGGAGUUGGCGCUGGCGUGGUGCAAGUCCAGGUGGUUUGUGAGCAGCACCAUCAUCGGCGCCACAAGCAUGGAGCAGCUCAAGGAGAACCUGGCUGCCUUCGACAAGGACAUUCCGGACGAGUGCGCGGCUGACAUCCAGGCAAUCUACAAGAAGUACAAGGACCCCACCGUGAACCCGUAGGCCUGAGGAGCUCGUGAAGAGAUGCAGCCAGUGUUGUGCUGCUUUACAUCGUACAGGAAAUCAUAGCGCCGCCGUGUAACGUUGAUAUGCACGGCUAAGCCCAACUGG